UCCAUAGAGAAACGCUCAAUAUCUUAAAAUAUUCGAUGAGAAAUCGGCAUAUAACAAGGUCAUCUCUGAGAUCAGCUUUGCUCGACUGACGUAUAACAUUUUAUGUCCUACACCUUCUGUUAUUCAAACAAUAUAAUGGCUGAUUCCCUAUUGCUUCUUUUUGUAGGAAUCGUCGUCUUGGCGACAGGAAUCAAUGCCCAAACUCCGCCAUCCUGCCCCGGAACUUAAACCAGCGGAAUUCGUUGCUACUGCUACACGCAGGAUCCUGGAUUGAGAAUUGAAUGUGAUGCUGGUUAUUAUUCUGGCACUUCUCCAGAAAUAGCAAGGGAAGCCCUUGUUUAUUACCAGUCUUAUGGUCCCGUUGUCUCCUUUUAUGUUUAUGAUAUCACUUCAACGUAUUUUAAUUACGUACCGGACAAUUUCCUGGCGGGAUAUCAAAUUCAAAAUGUGACAUUUCAAUGCGACCACAAUAACGCUGUUAAUGGAAAUCUGCUCCUCUUCAGCAUCGGCGCAUUCACUGAUGGGUCCGGUGUGUGUGGCUUGACGGGCAAUGUCACAUUCAGAGAUUGUAACUUGCGCCAGUUUGACACAACUUGUCUGAAGAACUGUUACCAAUUGGGAAAACUGGCCUUUAUGGACAGUCACGUCGAGACUCUCACCAACAUACCCAGGCUCGAAAGCUUGAAGAAUUUCACCGUUUAUUCCCCAAAACAAUGGACUGGCGCAACUCAGAGAGGUCUUUCCCGAAUGACAUUGGCUCCGGAUGCGUCACUUCCCCAAUUAACUUAUUUGGACUUUACUGGCAAUAGUCUGAAAGACGAUUCGAUUGAAUUCGUGUCUCAAUUGACAUUGAUCGAAGAGUUGCAUUUGGAAGGCAACAACUUCACCGCUGUUCCCAAUUUGACUGGAGCCUUUUACCUGCACACGUUCUCGAUGACGUUGAACGAAAACGCGACGGACGUUUCUGUUUUACUUCCCAAUCCGAAGACGCAGUUGCAAACUUUAACCGUCAAUUUGUAUUCUUCCAAUUCUCAGACAGUGAACAAUAUUACUACUCUAGAAGGAAUGUUUGUUCGUGACACGAUUAAUUUCCAGUUGAACAUGACCGAGUUUAAAGAAAGCGUUUUCUUAGAACCACUUGAGUCGAAUCGUCUCACCAUCAACUUAAAUCCAACUUCAAGAAUCGCCUGCGGCUGCAACAUUUCGUGGCUCAUCCGCGACAACCCGGCACUUUUGUUCCAAGUCAACAACGGAACGUGCACCGAUGGACGCCCAUUCCAGUCCGUUCCCUUAGAAGAAGUGUCAUGCUGUCCAACUGAUUCACUACUCCGUCAAAUCCAACUGUUGCGAAAAGAAAUCCAAGAACUGAAGGCGAUGCAUUCGAAUGUGCGCUGUUUCUAUUAAACCCACAACAUAUAGAAACAUUUUUAUAUCCGCUAGUGCACUAAACCUCUCUCUUCCAUCCCUCUUGCUCGGCGCCAAUAAUAAAAUACCUUUCUAACAUUCAUGAAUUAGAUGUACACCGCUUCAAAUCUAAAUACAAAAAAAUAGCCUAGAGCGCAAACAAA